CUACUCCAGAUGAGGAGAUAUGGCUAAUAAAAGUGAGUCAGACGGUCAUAAAAAGCAGCAUUUACAAAAUAGAUCUGUGUGCCCCCGGUUACUAUGGGAACCCUUUGCUAAUUGGAAGCACUUGUAAAAAAUGCGAUUGCAGUGGCAACUCGGACCCAAACCUGAUUUUUGAAGACUGUGAUGAAGUGACCGGCCAGUGCCGCAACUGCCUGCGCAACACCACCGGGUUCAAGUGUGAACGAUGCACUCCGGGUUACUACGGGGAUGCCAGAUUCGCUAAAAACUGUACAGAAUGUAACUGUGGAGGGAGAAUGUGUGACAGCCAGACGGGAGAAUGCCUCGCAGACAGUCCUGAAGUUUCUACUGGCACAGACUGCCCAACCAUCAGCUGUGAUAAAUGUAUUUGGGAUUUGACAGAUGACAUCCGAUUAGCGGUUCUGGCUAUCGAUGAAAGCAAAUCGACUUUACUGAGCAUUUCUACAGGUGUUGCAGCUCAAAAGCGCUUGAAUGACUUGAACCUCACUACCACCCAUCUCCAGGCAGCAAUGUCCAAAAAAAAGAACCAUGCUGCGCUUUGGACCAUGCAGGUUGAUGAUGCUGCAGACGAAAUGAAUGAUCUCCUGAGAGAGGCAGCGACACUUGAUGAACAGGGCAAUGAAGCAUCCAGCAAAGGCCUCCUGGUACAGAAGGAAACCAUGGAGACCAACAACCGUGCCACUCAGCUUGUGCAGCAGCUCAGUAAUAUGCGGGAUAACAUUCAAGAAAUCAGCAGCAAGAUGCAAUACUAUGCAAUUCAGCAAGAGCUGAGCCCUGAAGAAAUUGCCCAGAAGCUGAGUGUGGCUGAGGAAAUGCUGAAGGAGAUCAAACGCCGUAAGCCUUUCACUAACCAGAGGCAACUUGCAGAUGAGGAGGAAAAUGCAGCGGAAGAGUUGCUACAGCAAGUUGAAGAGUUUCAUGAGAAGUACAACGACACCAGAUCUCUAGUAUCUGAUGUGCUGGAGCAGCUCAGCGAACAGGAUGUGAAGCUGUCAGACCUGGAGGAGGCAUUAGACCAGGCGCUUGACUAUGUUACACAAACGGAGGAUAUAAAUAAAGAAAACACAGCCAAUCUUCAAAGGCGUGAGAAACAACACGAGAAAAUGAAAGAGCAACUAGAUGAAGUGAAUGGCAUUCUGCUAAGUGCCACAACUAUUUUGGUAGGACCGCAAAAAGUCAACUCUGAGUUAGGUGAGGUAAUAAAGAAUGUGUCAGGGUUCUACGCAGAAAUAGAUGGAGCAAAAAAGGAACUGCAAGAAAAACUAGCCAAUCUGUCUCUGUUUGAUGAUGAUUUGGUAGAAAAGGCUAUGCAUCAUGCACACAACCUAAGAAGACUUGCUGAUGAGCUGGACCGGAAUUUGUAUGGUGUUGAUACAAAUGGGUUGGUACAAAGGGCCAUAAAUGCUUCAAAUGUGUAUGAAAACAUUGUCGGUUAUAUUGAAGAAGCUAAUAAAGCUGCAUUGCUGGCACUGAACACAACAAACCGGGUCAACGAUGCUGCAGUUGGAAUUGAUACUCAGACCAUUUACCAUAAAGGUAAAAGCGACGAACUCCUCAACCAAGCCAUGGAGUUACAACGGACAGCAGAUGACAGUAACGAUUUAACCAUUGCAGACACUAGCCGGCACGUUAAUGGCACUCUUGCCAGAAUGAACGCUCUGCGAAGCCAGCUGAUGAGAGCCAUCACAAAAAUGCAAUCAGCAGAGCCAGUGGAGGCCAGAGAGCGUUUGGAGCAAGCUAAACUGAAGACUGCAGAGGCCGUAAGUGCUACCAUGACAGUAGCACAGGCUACGACCCCCAUGGAUGAGAACGUGAGGCUGUGGUCUCAAAACCUGCCAGACUUCCAGCACAAUUCAGCGGCAUACGACAGUGCUGUGCAUUCAGCUGGGGAUGCAGUGAAGAAACUUACAGAAGUCUUCCCUCAACUCCUGGACAAACUGCGCAGAGUAGAACAGAAGGCACCAGCGAACAAUAUUUCCUCCAGCAUUCAGCGGAUCAGAGAGUUAAUUGCUCAAACCAGGAGUGUAGCAAGCAAGGUCCAAGUUUCUAUGAUGUUUGGAGGCCAAUCAGCUGUUGAAGUCAAUCCAAAGAUCAACGUGGAGGAACUGAAAUCUUUCACUUCCAUGAGCUUGUACAUAAAGUUUGAGAAAGACAGCCCACAACUGGCAGCGUCUCCAGACAGAUUUAUUUUGUACCUCGGAAACAAAAAUGCAAAAAAUUACAUUGGUCUUGCAAUUAAAAAUGACAACCUUGUGUACAUUUAUAAUCUGGGGGGUCAAGACGUGGAGAUACCUCUGGAUGCCAAGCCAGUCAGCACCUGGCCUUCUUACUUCAGUAUCAUCAAAAUUGAGAGGAUUGGAAGACAUGGCAAAAUGUUUUUAACUGUGCCCAGUCUUAGCAGCACAGCUGAAGAAAAAUUCAUCAAAAAGGGAGAGGUCCUUGGUCCUGGCUCUCUCCUGAAUUUGGAACCUGAAAAUGCUGUUUUCUAUGUUGGCGGAGUGCCUCCAGACUUCAAGCUCCCUCCGAGCUUAAACCUACCCGGCUUCAUCGGCUGCCUGGAACUGGCUACCCUGAACGAUGAGGUGAUCAGCCUGUACAACUUCCAGCACGUCUACAACAUGGACACCACCACAUCGCCACCUUGUGCCAGAAAUAAGUUGGCUUUCACUCAGAGCCGGGCUGUGAGCUAUUUCUUUGAUGGCUCUGGCUACGCCUUGGCAAGAAACAUCGAAAGAAGAGGAAGAUUCAGCCAGGUGACUCGGUUUGACAUAGAAGUUCGAACACCUACAGACAACGGAUUGAUCCUGCUGAUGAUUAAUGGGAGUAUGUUCUUCAGUCUAGAGAUGCACAAUGGCUUCUUGUACCUCCGCUAUGACUUUGGCUUCAGCAGCGGCCCUGUGCUGCUAGAGGACUCCAUGAAGAAGGCUCAGAUUAACGACGCUAAAUUUCAUGAGAUUUCUAUUAUAUAUCACAAUUCUAAGAAGAUGAUCUUGGUAGUAGACAGGCGACAUAUAAAAAGUGUGGACAAUGAAAGAACAGCAAUGCCAUUCACAGACAUCUACAUUGGAGGAGCGCCUGCUGAGAUCUUGCACUCCAGCAUUAGUUCACAUCUGGCAGGAAGUAUUGGCUUUAAAGGCUGCAUGAAGGGCUUCCAGUUCCAAAAGAAGGAUUUCAACUUGCUAGAAGAACCAGGAACCCUGGGAAUCAGCUAUGGGUGCCCAGAGGAUUCACUGAUGUCCCGCAAAGCGUAUUUCAAUGGAGAGAGCUUCAUUGCAUCAAGCCAAAAAGUGUCCCUCUUUAGUGAGUUUGAAGGCGGCUUUAAUUUCCGGACAUUGCAGCCCAAUGGGCUGCUGUUCUACUAUUCUGAAGGAUCAGAUGUAUUAUCCAUCUCUAUGGACAGAGGUGCUGUGGUUUUAAAUGCAAGUGGAACCAAAAUUCAAUCACCAGACCGAAAUUACAACGAUGGAAAAACCCACUUCAUUAUUACUUCUAUCACCCCAGAAAGAUAUGAGCUGACUGUUGAUGACAAGAAACAAAGCAAGAAGAAUGCAGCAAAGGACAGAGCAGGGAAAAGUCCAGACAGUAUCAAGAAGUUUUAUUUUGGUGGCUCUCCCCUCAGAACGCAGCAAGCCAACUUCACUGGCUGCAUAAGCAACGCUUACUUCACUAGGUUGGAUCGAGAGGUUGAAGUGGAAGAUUUCCAGCAGUACCCUGAGAAAGUUCAGACUUCUUUGUAUGGAUGCCCUGUUGAAUCUCCUCCAGUUGCUCUUCUCCAUAAGAAAGGAAAAAACUCAUCAAAAGUCAAAGAAAACCGUAAUAAAAAGGUGGGAAGAGAUAAAGACAAGAUUUCACAGCCUUCAACUGGCCUCAAAAAAUUGUAUCAAGAAGUGAAUAUGCAAAGAGACCCUCAGUGCCAUUUGCCCAUGAAUCCCAAGGCAACUGAACAUGCAUAUCAGUUUGGAGGAACAGCAAACAGCCGGCAACAAUUUGAUCACAUACCAAAGGAUUUCAGUGAAAGAGCUCAGUUCUCUAUCAGUCUGAAAACUCACUCAUCUCAUGGAAUGAUUUUCUACGUCUCGGACCAAAAAGAGACCAACUUCAUGGCCCUUUUCAUUGCUCAUGGCCGACUAAUUUUUAUGUUUAAUGCUGGUCAUCAGAAGAUAAGGAUCAAGAGCCAAGAGAAAUACAAUGAUGGCUUCUGGCACAAUGUGAUAUUUAUUAGAGGCAAAAAUACUGGUCGCUUGAUAAUUGAUGGUCUCCGAGUACUGGAAGAGCCUUUUGGCGGUAAUGCUAAUACCUGGCAAGUCACUGAACCACUCUAUAUUGGGGGUGUAGCUCCAGGAAAAGCUGUAAAAAAUAUCCAGAUUAACUCUGUCUACAGUUUUAGUGGUUGUCUCAGCAAUUUACAGCUCAAUGGAAGAUCACUUACUUCAGCUUCGCAGACAUUUAGUGUAACGCCUUGCUUUGAAGGCCCAUCAGAAGUAGGAACAUACUUUUCAUCAGAAGGAGGAUAUGUCGUCCUUGAUGAAUCCUUCAGUUUAGGCCUGAAAUUUGAAGUUGUUUUUGAAAUACGUCCCCGAAGCAGCUCAGGAAUUCUGCUGCACGGUCACAGUGUGAAUGGAGAGUACCUGAAUAUGCACAUGAGAAAUGGACAGGUUACUGUGAAACUGAAUAAUGGAAUCAGGGAUUUUUCAACUUCAGUGACACUGAAACAGAGUCUCUGCGAUGGCAGGUGGCACCGAAUUGCAGUUAUUAGAGAUGCUAAUGUGGUGCAGCUGGAUGUAGACUCUGAAGUCAACCAUGUGGUAGGGCCACUAAAUCCAAAGGCAAUUGACCACAGGGAGCCAGUGUUUAUUGGAGGUGUACCAGAGUCUCUGCUAACAUCCAGCCUGACUACACGCAACUCCUUCAUUGGCUGCAUUCGUAACUUCAUGAUUGAUGAAAAAACAGUGAGUUUUAGUAAAGCCGCUUUGGUUAGUGGUGCUGUAAGCAUAAACACGUGUCCAGCAGCCUGACAGUGCACUGCAUCAAUCCUGUAAAGUUCCUUAGACCACAGAAAGAAAUAUAGAACAAAAGAAACCAUGUUCAUCAAGAGAAGAAGAAUGAAAAUAUCCAUCUAGUAUCCAUCUACAGAAAGCAGCAUGUUUAAGGGUCACUUCUAAUGUUUAUGUGCAAACAAAAAUCACUGAAGAAUAAAGGGCUGUUGCUUCUGCACUUCUCCUACUAUACCACAAGAGUGAGCUUUACCAUUUCUUAUAGUGUAUGUGUGGCCAGUCUGUUACAUGAAAACGUGAGAUUAUACGAGAAAUGAAAAUUAUAUUAAAUAUGUUACUUUCGAGAGAGAUCCUCUACAUCAUUUCAUUCCAUACCUUAGGUCACCCUUUGUUUCACAGGAAAUUAUCUGCUAAUGCAUGUUAAAGAAUAAAGCUAGAUAAUAGACUUACAUCACAAA